CCUGUUGUGCCAUUAUUUUCGUCAAAAUAUGAAAAAAUUGAUGUGAACUCAAAAGGAAUGAGCUAGCAGAAAAAUCUACAAUAUACGUACAUCAAGCUGCUCUAUUGAUCUUUUCUGCACAUCAAUCUCAGACAUUAAUGUGUCCCCAAGAGAGUAUUCGCUGUUUGGUAUUAGCAGAGAUCCGUCAGUAACAAUCAAGUCUGACUAGCAAAUUGCAUAGACUGAAGUUUUUUUUUUAAUCAUUGAUAUUAUCAUUAAGCCAUCACGUUAUUAAGCCCUCGUUCUUUGGAUGAUUAAGGAUCUUCGGUUCUCCUAUAGUGUGGUAAAGUAACCAAGCAACUUAAAAAACAUGAGUUCUAGAAGCACAUACCCUCGUUCACCAUUCAGUUUUGAUGAGUUCUCAGUCGUGCACAUAGAAUGUAUAUUGUAGCGUCCAUAGGAAUCCCCUAGAAAAUAAAACAGUCACAAAUUAAACUGAGUCCAGCUCCAGAAAAGAGAUUGUCUUCACGAUACUAAAAUAAAUGAUGAUACAGAGGUAAUGUGACAGGAACUUCUAGCCGACUGAACACAAUAGGUAAUUCAAACCAAAAUUAUCAGCGACCUAUUGCAAGUUUUCUUAUUUUACUUCUGAAAUAUCUGAAUUGCAUUUCAUAAUCAUCAAACGGAGGUGUUUGAUAAUUCAUUCAUGUUUUUCCACUAUGGUACUGUUAUGCACCAGGAUGAGCCCAGUAAGCUAAUAGCGUUCAGCAGAAGAAAGCCCAAGAACAAAAGGGACGGCCCAACAGUUGGAACAGUAAAUGCCAAGCAGUAAACAGUAAAAAGUGGAAGGAAAGGGGGUUAAAAGGGGGAAGCGAAGGAGGGUAGAUCUAUCUGAUUAUUCUAGACGCUUAUUUCUUGUGGAGAGACGGAACCUCUCGAAAGUUCCGAGUGAUCUGUCUUUGUAAUUGUUGAUUUCAGUAAUAUUAUCGUGAGCUUUUGCUUUGGAUCGUUUGAGUUGUGUGUUGAUAAGUAGCUUAAGCAUUACAAGUGGUAUCAGAGCAUCUACGAUCCAUGGGACCUCCAACUGUCACGCAACGUUUGGAACAAUUGGAGGAAAAGGCGAAUGAGGUUGAGACCACAAUGGCGGAGAUGGCUGCGACGGUUGUCGACCGCGCAAUUGAGGCGAUGCGCCUCUCUCUUACGGAGUUGAUUCGGGAACACCAAACCCUAGCCGCCACUAAGUUGGGCGCGGAUUUUGAAACCCUGGCGAGUCGGUUGGAGGGCCGCCUAAAUCGAAGCCGUGAGCAUCAGGAAACCCUAAUCAACACCAUCCGCACCGACCAAUUGAAAUUUCAGGACGAAGUGAAGUCCACCCUUGCGGGUCUGGUAGCUAGCUCCGGGUCGGGUCAUGGGCGGGUUGAAGGGAGUGGGACGGCAGGAGGACCAGUGUUGGGUUCUGGGGUUGGCCAUGCCCAGGGUUCCGUGGUAACAACUGGGCGUCUUGGAGGUGGGUAUUCUGGUGGAUUUCAGGGUGGUGGUUUGGGUGGAGGCCAAACUAACUGGCGUUACCGUAAGCUUGACAUGCCCAUUUUUGAUGGGGAAGACCCUGAUGGCUGGAUCUUACGGGUUGAGCGCUAUUUUGCGUUUUACAAGCUCACAGAGGAUGAGAUGCUUGAAGCGGUAGCAGUAGCAAUGGAUGGUGAUGCUCUGCGCUGGUAUCAAUGGGAGAACAAGCGCCGACCGAUUCGGCGGUGGGAGGACUUGAAAACAUUCAUACUUCGCCAGUUCAGAUCGGUCAGUGGGGGCUCGUUGUACGAGCAGUGGCUGUCAACCACGCAGUCGACCACUGUGAAGGAAUAUAGGAGGGCUUUCAUCGAGACUGCCGCACCUCUGGAUAGAAUUUCUGAGGACAUUCUUAUGGGGCACUUUGUUAAUGGUCUCAAGGAGGACAUCAAAGCUGAGGUACGAGUCUUAAACCCCCUUAAUUUAGAGCAAGCUAUGGAACUCGCUGUCCGUAUUGAGGAGAAACAGAGGGUUACUAAUUCUCGUAAGCCAAAUCUGAGUUUCAUUAAGACAAGUGCGGCUGUGUCUAGUGCUAAAGGGCUGUCAGGAGUAGGUUCGUAUGUUGCUCCUUUGGCCAGCACUCCUGGCACCAUUCGUAGCUGGGGUCCGGCUUCGCCCGAGUCUCAAGGGUCUGUCCAGUCUCCUCAAAGUGUGGUGAGCAGUAAACGUAGUGGGGAGGUGAAGAGGUUAACGGAGAAGGAGCUGCAAGAAAAAAGGGCUAAGGGGUUAUGCUAUAGGUGUGACGAUAAAUGGGUAAUGGGUCAUAGGUGCAAACGGAGGGAAUUGAGUGUGCUGUUAAUAGAUGAUGAAGAGGAGGAUUUGACGAGCGAAGAUAGUGAAAUUGUACCUUCUCCUCCUACCGAGCCGGUGCCAGAAGUGUCACUCAAUUCAGUGGUGGGUCUCUCAAAUCCGAAGACGAUGAAGUUGCGAGGUAUAAUUGGGGCUAAUCAGGUAGUCGUGCUUAUUGAUCCGGGGGCGACCCAUAACUUUUUGUCUCUCAAAGUAGUGGAAGCGGGGGGAAUUGUGGUUACUCCAUCCGGUAAUUUUGGGGUUUCUCUCGGAAAUGGUGAAGCGGUGCGAGGGACGGGACUUUGUAAAGAGGUUUGUGUGCAGUUGGAUGGGGGAUUAGAAGUGGUAGAGGAUUUUUUGCCAUUGGAAUUGGGGAGCACAGAUGUGAUAUUAGGCGUGCAGUGGCUCGAGAAGCUGGGGGAAGUGAUGACUAACUGGAAAACGCAGGUGAUGCGCUUCGAAAAAGGAGGUGAGUUGGUGACGUUAGUGGGGGAUCCCUCUUUGGUGCGAACUAAGAUAUCCCUGAAAGCCAUGUACAAGACACUAAAGAAGUCUGGUGGCGGGUAUUUGAUUGAAUGCCAGGCAGUUGAGAAGGGGAGUUUGCAGGGGAACAAGCACCAGAUGGCAUCCCAUAUUCCUGAGUUUCUACGGCCACUGAUUACUCAGUACCAGAAGGUCUUUGACAGUCCCAAAGGCCUCCCUCCGAGCCGUGGCCAUGAACACUCGAUUGUGUUAAAAGCUGGUAGUGACCCAGUGGGCGUUCGUCCGUAUAGAUACCCGCAGAAUCAAAAGGAUGAGAUCGAGAGGCUAAUCACAGAAAUGUUGGCAGCCGGCAUAAUUAGACCCUCUACCAGUCCUUUUUCAAGCCCAGUCUUGUUGGUAAAAAAGAAAGACGGGUCAUGGCGUUUCUGUGUUGAUUAUCGGGCCUUGAACCGUGAAACCGUGCCGGAUAAAUACCCAAUCCCGGUUAUCGAUGAGCUGUUGGAUGAGCUACACGGAGCAAAGAUUUUUACUAAGUUGGAUUUAAAAUCGGGUUAUCACCAGAUCCUAGUAAAGGCGGAGGACACACAUAAAACGGCAUUCCGGACACAUGAUGGGCAUUACGAAUUUCUCGUAAUGCCUUUUGGAUUAAUGAAUGCGCCAGCAACGUUUCAAGCACUGAUGAAUGAUUUGUUUCGACCCCUUCUGCGUAAGACAGUGUUGGUUUUUUUCGACGAUAUAUUAGUGUAUAGCAGGAACCCAGAGGAGCAUUACAGUCAUGUGGCCACAGUUUUGGAGAUCUUGCGUACUAGCUCUCUGUACGCUAACUUGGGCAAGUGUGAGUUCGGACAGACUACUCUGGGUUAUUUAGGACAUGUCAUUUCGGAUGCUGGGGUGGAGAUGGAUUUGGACAAGGUAAGAGCCAUGACAGAUUGGCCAAGGCCACGAAACUUAAAGGAGUUAAGGGGUUUUCUCGGGUUAACCGGGUAUUACAGAAAAUUCAUUGCAGCAUAUGCAGAAAUAGCACGGCCAUUGACCGAACAGUUGAGAAAAGACAAUUUUGGAUGGUCUUCUGAGGCUACAGCUGCGUUUGAAGCACUCAAGGCGGCCAUGACUCAAGCCCCUGUACUGGCUAUGCCGAAUUUUGAAGAGCUGUUUGUGAUUGAAACUGAUGCCUCAGGCUACGGUCUUGGGGCGGUGUUGAUGCAAAAGAACAGGCCGUUAGCAUUCUACAGUAAGCUGUUGGGGGUGAAGGCACAGCAGAAGUCCAUCUACGAAAAGGAAUAA